AGCGCGCAAAGUUCCCCCAAAAGCAAAACGAAGUUGUGUUUUAUUUCGUCUUCGGAUCACGCAUUGUUCUUGGUACAUGUCGAUUGUCCUCCAUGUUGCAUCGUUCCCUUUUGAUAAAAGCGAAAUCGGCAGUCGACUUCGGGUGACGUGCUUUCCAUGCUUCCAGGAUGACACCGCGUCCAUCUAUUAUGCCUGGAUACUAAAUCUCUUUCCCAUCUUUUGUUUUUCUGACAAGUGAGUCGAGCGGAUUCAUAUCUGCCUCCCGCGACCUCGAUCAGGGAGCUUCCAGGUGCACGAUUGCCGGCAAGAAAUUGUGCAGCUCUACUGCAGUGAGUCUCCACCUGAAGAUGUUGCAAUUUUGUUGCACAGGAGGAUCAAUACUUGCUGGGCGGCUGCUUGUAGCGACGGUCGGCAGUGUGGUACCAAUAGCAAUAUUGAGCGGUCAACUAGUAGGAGUUUCUGCUCUGCGUCUCCGAACGGGAUCCCCGCGAGCAGGCGGCGCUGCGUCGGCUUCAACAUCAACCGCCGAGGAAGACGAUGAUCUUCGUCCGCACGCGGCCGGAGAGAACGUGGGCACGAACAUUCGAACAGAUGAACAUGCUCACACGCCGGAACGGGAAGGCGGCAAUGGGCAAGCGGUACGUCUAGAAGAUGAAGAACCUGAGACAGAGCAUAUCGUACUGGGAACUACAGGUAGUAGGGCCUCUGUGGGAGAAGUCGGAAGUGCUUGCAUUUCGAAGUUCUUACGUAAAAAAGUCAAAUUUAUUGGAUAUAUGCGUUUUCUUGUACCCGAGGAAGAAUGAUGACUCUCUGUGCUGCAAAAUUUGUGCGCGCCGGAGGACAGCUUCCGCGUGACAUUUUUGAUAGCCCCCCUCUAUGGUGUGACACGCGACCCUCAUCUGGGUAUUUCGUAUCGACGAGUCUGGAAGAAAGGCAUAUUUGUUUCUUGUAUCGUUUCCAUUGGGAAGUAGAACGACCUCCGUAUCGCAGGCAUUGUGCUACUUGAGAGCGCUAGGGGCUCUAUUUUUCCGCUCAAUAGACCAUCCGUUGCCAGUGGGAGAGAAUACACAGGAGGACACACAUCAGGAACAAGACAACGCGACGUCUGAGGACAUCGUGACAGCUUCGUGGUUUUGGGACGCUUUCGGACUUGGUGACAAUACGAGCUCCAAUUCGAUUGAGGAGCCGUUCCGUGUGAUGACGCUGGACGGGCCGAAAGCGGUGUUGAAUAGCGACUGUCCGAUCUGCUUGACAGAGUUGCGCGGAACUAGCGGUGUCGAGUCCGGAGGGGCUCUUGAAUGCCAUGAAGAACAAGCGGGAACAAGGGGAGAGCGCCCAGAACAGCUAUCUUCUGCCUGGGUCUUUCGCUGUGAGCAUAUGCUCUGUACGGCGUGCUACCGGCUGUGUAUGAGUAACAUCAUCCCUUCUGGUGCACCAGCUUCGGCGUCUGCUUCCGCGUCAUCAACCACGUCGCAAGAUGUUACAACAACAGGAAAUAAUCAUGCACCGGGUGAUCAUCAUCAUCAUGAUCCUGGUGAUCCGAUGCCCGUGACAGCCACUGCGCAGAUGACAGCUCAUGAUCAACAACAUGCGGAUCAUCCUCCUGUGGCGCCGUCGUACGCGUCUUCAUCUUUCUCAUCUAGCGGCGAGGAGGGCGUCGAUGAACAUCAAGGGUUGGUGGUCUCCCCCCGUCAGUCGGGGCGAGCGCUGGCGCAGCACCACAUCAGCACGCUUCUAUCCCGCGGUAUGCUGUACAACGCGCGGUCGCGGCGACUAGAGCCAAAGUGUCCGCUGUGCCGGUCGGAGGACGGCAUCUGGUUUGAUGGGGAGUCGCUUGAAAACGUAUUGGACCAGUACCCGCCCGAGGACGUGAUGCCCGCCUUGCUGCGCAGCCCUGCAAUCACUGUGAUCAACAACCAGAAUCCCAUUCUCGAUGCCGGCACGGGACCAGAAGCGUACGGAAACCUGGCCGCAUGGGCCUACGGGACUAGUUUUUCAUCCGCAUCGAGACCACGGGAGACUACUUUUCAGGUACUCGUGGUACCAGCCUUUUUGUUUUUCGUGUAUUAGAUAAUUCUUGCUGUGUGCACCAGGGUCCCUCUACUUCCAAGAUAGCUUCCAAAAAGCUGCUGUUUGACAACAGUAACUAAGGCAUAACCGUGCCUGCUGAGAGCCGGCUGCCCUAGCUCCCUUUACGAAGUGUAGCGAAAACUGACUAUACUGUGUAAGUGUGCAGUUUUGCAAGCUGAAUUCGAAAUGGAGCCGGCAAACGAAUUCUUGUAAUUUUUGUCAAGCUUUUCACAUUCCAUUGUUCAUUUCUGCGUCAAUGACAUCAACUUUUUCCAGAAUUGUCCGCGGCAGUGCAUGGUGGCCGAGUCCUGCACACCCUCGCUGCGACGGCUGCUCAGCGCCUGCACGUCUUGUGGCUCCCGCGGAUCGAUGUGA